GCUCUAAGACGACAAAGAAUCCACUAGGCUGUGGAAUUUUCUCCGCACACGUUCGUCCUGGGGGACAAGUCCGAGAGGAAGCAACACAGAUUCUUCUCAACGUCUUCCACACUAUAGCACAGAGCCGUUUGCGGAUACAAAGAGCCCGGACUUCCGUGUAGUCGCACAAAAACGGACGACUGAACGUUGGAUAUAAACGUUGCUGGCAGCCUGCAACGAAAAGAUCCAUCAUUCUUUUCCUAAUCUCAUCCCAAACAGGUUACAGUCGCCCACUGACUUUCACGCUCAAUCAAAAGACGACGGCUCUAACUGAACAAUAAUGGCUCGUGUGUGUCUUAUCACUGGGGGUACCCAAGGCAUCGGACGCGAAACUGCAGAAUUGCUUGUCUCACAAGGGUGGAUUGUGAUUGUCUCCGGACGGAACACUGCGAAAGGUGCAGAGGUUGUCCGAUCUAUCAAAGACAAGGGAGGAGAAGCUACAUUCAUUGAGGCCGAUGUCUCAGACCAACAAUCAGUCAAAGCCUUGCACCAGAACGCAUUCUCUAUCUACGGUCGUCUGGAUGGAGCAGUCAACAACGCAGGAAUCUCUACUGAUAGCCGUAUGAUCGGCGAUGCGUCUACGAGCGAGUUCGAAAAGAUGUGGCGCGUCAACGUCUUGGGGGUGUUCUGGUGUAUGCAAGAGCAGAUCCAGAUUAUGAAGAAGCAACAAUCAGGCCACAUUGUCAACCUUGCCUCAAUCGCUGGCCUGCACGGUAUCCUCUACUCCGGCACGUAUGUGGCAACUAAGCAUGCUGUUGUCGGUAUGACUCGUACCGCGGCGCUCGAAUACGCACAAACAGGUAUUCAGGUGGCCGCUGUUGCGCCUGGGGCGAUUAAAACAGACAUCUUGAACGACGCUAUCGCGGCUGGAGCGUACAGCGAGGAGAGCAUUGCUAGCAUGUUUCCUAUGAAGAAGAUGGGAAAGCCACUCGAUAUUGCUCAGGCGAUCUCGUUCCUUCUUCACUCUGAUUACGCUACCGGAAGUAUCCUCGAGGUCGACGGCGGAUUAGGAGCAUCAUAGAGGACCGCUAAAAAUAUACGUUCAAUUGCAAAUACAAAAAAUGACUUACCCUUUUUUAAUCAGGAACUGUAUCAUAUGUACCAAUCGCAGAUCCGC